UAAUGUUUUCUAAACCUGAGGGCGUGAAAUUUCAGGAAAAAAUGACGUCUUUUGUGACCCUAGAAUUUCCAAAUAUUGGUGUUUUUAAAGCUCGGAUUUUCAGUACAGCUGUUAGUAAUGAACAAACCCAACAACAAAAACGAAACAAAUAUGAGAAAUCUAAGGAGAAGUAUAUCAAGCUAUUACAGUUCUGAUAGAUUAAGAAGCAAGCUUUACCAGCGGAAUGUAUCGGUUCCAUGUGGUAUCGGCAAUUACGAAGCUGAAGACGAAGGUUUUGUUGAUGGGGAAGAAUGUGGUGUCCAAGGACAGACAUUGGAUCAUAACGUUUUAGAAUGUCUUAUGGACGCAUACGGAGCGUUUACAGAAAUAUAUAAAGCGAUUGUAAUACCUAAUGAGAAUUUUCAACCAAGACUAUCCGAUGCUGAAAGUUUAUUACCAGAUCUUGCUUACCUUGUGACAGACAACAAACCGGAUGCUCUACAAACAGUCUAUGACAUUCUUGUGAAGAUAAAGCAGGAAUGUCCAAAGCUGAAUCAACAAAACAUUACGUUUGCUCUGAAGGCAAUCCAGAAUACAAUGGUCCUUCUUCAUGUGAAGGAACGCGAUCAUUUAGAUGUAGACACCAUGAUAACACAACCGAGAGACAUCCUAGCUGCAGUUAUGAUAGUAAACAAAUACUUGACCAAUUUGAUACACCCAACAAACAGCGGACACAUUUCUUGUUAAAUACAUGAAUAUGUUAUGAAAAAAGAAAU